ACCAAACAGGCCCUAAGUUUUUAGUUACAGUUCAGGGAUUUCCCCCCCUCUUCCCGCCUCAAUUCCUCCAAGUUCUAUAGCGACCUGGCAUCAUCUUCCCUGAUCUAAACGACGCCGUUGGGUUAACUGUCAAACCCUCAAAGGCCCUGGGUGUGAAACCUGAAACGACGUGAGUGAUUUGGGCACUUGGGGGUCAGCCGAUUGGAUGAGGAUUGAGGAAAGGCAAAGACGCUUUGCCUGAAGCAUCUGCUCAUCUGCUGAUCUGCAGUCUACAGUUGCAGAUGUCUUCCUUGUCUCAGAUUAUUCGUGCAUGUACAAAGAAGAAUUAUAUUCUAAGUGGCAAAGCAGCCCAUGCCAGGCUCAUCAUUUAUGGGUCAAAACCUGAUGUCCAUACAAACAAUCACCUUCUCUCGAUGUAUUUAACAUUCCAUGAAAUUGAAAUCGCCCAUAAGCUACUCGACCAAAUGCCUGAACGAAGCAUAGUGACCUGGACAACAUUUAUUUCUGUAUAUUCUCAUAUUGGUAUGCCUGAAAAAGCUUUAGGGUGCUUCCGGAAAAUGGUUCUUGAAGAUGAGUUUGCUCCAAACCAUUAUACUUACGUGGGUGUGUUAUCUGCUUGCAGUAGCUUGGGGGCUGCGAGAACUGGAAAAGAAAUACAUGCGAGGAUAUUCAGAACUGAUGAGUUGUUUAAUAGCUUUGUAAGCAACUGUUUGGUUAACUUUUAUGGGAAAUGUGGGCUCUUGAAGUCUGCUUGGUUUGUGUUUGAUGCUAUUUUGGAGCCAAAUACAGUAACUUGGGCCUCACUUCUUUCAUGUUAUUGCCAAUGUGGCUCCUAUGAAGAGGGACUGAGGAUUUUCUUGAAGGCAUUGAGGGAAGGAGUGCUGGUUAAUGAAUUCAUAUGUGGGAGUGCUCUGGUUGCUUGUACCGCAAUGGAGUGUCUGUGGCUUGGAAUGGAAAUUCAUUGCCUGAUCGUGAAAUGUGGUGUCAAAAUGGAUCAGUAUAUCAUCACCGGGUUGGUCAAUUUUUAUGUAAAGUGUGGCCAACUAGGCUCGGCACGUAAGGCUUUUAAUACAGAAGGUGCUCCUGAUUUGCAUGCUUGGACUGCCUUGAUCGGAGGUUUUGUGCAUCUAGGGAAGAAUAGGGAGGCUGUUGAUCUUUUUUGCAGUUUGCUUUCUUCAGGCAUGAAGCCAAGUGAAAGAACAUACUCAUCAGUCCUUGGGACUUUUGCCGUUACAGAGGAAUCUCAAGCUGGAAAACAACUUCACUCUUCCAUCAUAAAAUAUGGUUUUAAUUCGUUCACCUUUGUUUGCAAUGCCUUGGUCGACUUUUACUCUAAGAACAAUCUGAUCGAUGAUUCAUUGAAGAUUUUUCAAGAAAUGACUGAAUAUGACAUUGUUACUUGGAACACAUUUUUAGCCGGAUAUAUACGCUCCGGUCAUUAUGACCAAGCUAUAAAGAUCCUCCAAGAGAUGUUGCUUGAGGUGGGGCUCAAACCUAAUCUGCAUACGUACUCUUCCAUAUUGAGCUUAUGUGGGGAGUUACCAGCCGUAGAAUGGGGCAAGCAAGUUCAUUGCCGCAGUUUGAAGCCCUGUUUUGAUUCCAAUGUGGUUGUAGGAAGCGCCCUGAUUGACAUGUAUGCUAAAUGUGGACGGUUGGACGAUGCGCGGAAAGUUUUUGAUAUAUUGCCUUGUAAAAACUUGGUAUCUUGGAACACUAUGCUCGUCGGUUAUGCGCAUCAUGGAUUUGGGUUAGAAGCUUUGGAGGUUUAUAGUUUGAUGCAAGAAAACGGGGUUAAUCCUAAUGAUAUUACAUUCAUUGGAGUAUUAUCUGCUUGUGGACAUGGAGGGCUUUUAGAAGAGGGAUUAGACCACUUCAAUAGCAUGAGAACUAAGUAUGGAAUCACUCCAAGGACAGAGCACUUAGCUUGUAUGGUCAAUUUAUUUGCACGGAAAGGACAUAUGAGGAGAGCGUAUGACUUCAUUAUGGAUUUUUCUGGGAAACCAGAUAAGGUGGUUUGGCGUUGUCUUUUGUCAGGAUGCUUCACAAAUAACGACUAUAUUCUGGGGAGCUCCGCUGCGAAGGAGAUUUUAAAAAUUGAUCCAAAUGAUGCAUCGGCCCAUAUUAUGUUGUCUAAUAUUUAUGCGAGGUUGAACAUGUGGGAUGAAGCAGCAGAGAUGAGAAAAAUUAUGAAAAAGAAAGAACUAAAGAAGGAAACUGGGUAUAGUUGGAUGGAAUUUGAGAACAAGAUGUAUUCUUUUUCUUCAAGGCAGAAUUUGGAUGGAGGGGUUACAAUGGAUCCAUUGGGUAGGUUAGAAGACUAUGAACUGUAAUUGAAUAUGGCUUCUUGUACAUCACGAGAGUACAGAGGCAGAGAUAGGGUAGGCGAGGUGUUGCAUCUCCAUGGGCGGAUGGCAGACCGGCGUUCCUUCAGCUCUGGAGGUGGGCUGCAACUUGAGUCCAGCUCUGGUGCAGCAGCAAACGGUAAUGUUUCUCAUGAAAGAUCCAGAUCGCAGUUACAGAGCCUUAGAAUUGAAAGUAAAUUAUUUGCUUUAACCUGGUCACUUCUGGGCUCUAAAUCACCCAAAUCAAAGAGAAAUAUAGUUGUUUCUAUAUCACUGGAUGAGGCUGGGAUUAAUUGGUUAUGUGACUCUUUUUGUCAAAUUCUAACUGGAAAAUCAUGGACAGUUACUAAGUAUGAGCGUUCUCGGAAAUUACUUUUAUCUUUUGAAGAUAAUCGAUUUGGGGGUUUCAUUCGUUUAGAUGCUAUAUCACAUUGGGGUAGUACUACAAUCAUAAUUCCCAAAGGUAGGAAAGGAAACAGUUUAAGCCUUUUUUGCUCUUCUUUACAAAGCAACCGAGAUUUUUUUGAAAAAGGCGAAUAAGGUGCCAUUGACAUCUUGUUUGAAGGAUUUUGGGAUUUUUUGUUCUAGUUCAUCGCGUGAAGAUUUUGUUUCUGAGAGCUUUGUAUCUGUCUCAUCUAUGAUUUUCCAUGAAGACUUGCUUAAUAUGGGUUAUCUCUCUCCUCUUGACGAUGAGAAAGAUAAUAGGGAAAUUGUUUCGCUUAAUCAGGAUGUUCGAGUGGGAACAAUAAUAAUCAAAGAGGAGAAAGAUGAUUUUUUAAGGUAAACCAAUGAUGAUUAUCUUAUUGGGGCUGUCAAUGUGGAAAUUCCUCUUCAGGCUGUUUUUCCUUCUCAGCACCAAGAUAAUGUCAUACUCGAGGGUGAGUCUCAAUUCAAAUGUGGUGACGCUUCAGAUUCUUAGGUCUGAUAAACUAUAUGGAUUGGUUAUCAGGCUGAUCCAAAUUAUCAGAAAAUUAUAUGGAUUGGUUAUCAGGCUGAUCCACCAGUGACAAUGCCCCUCCGCGAUAGUUAUGUGUUUUUAAAAUGUGAAUGAUGUGCAGAGCUGAAUGUUCUGAUGGAUCUUUGCAAAGAGAUGACAGCAGAAAGGGCAACAGCACCAAUUAAAUCUAAGAACGGAACUGAAGGCUUGAUGCCCAGCGGCGUUGCAAACCAGAAUAUGAGAAUUGCAGAAAAAGCCCUCAUCCACCCAUCAGAGUGCAGGCCCUGCCAUAUCUGAUAGCUUAGUGUGUUUAGAAUGUUAAUGAUGCGCAAAGCUGAAUGUGUUGAUGAAUGUUGCAAAGAGAUGGCAGCAGAAAGAACAACUCCAACUAAAUCUAGGAACACAUGAGGUGAAGGUUUGAAGCUUAUUGGCAUUACAAACUAGAAUAUGAAAACUGCAGAGAAGCCUUGUGAAGAUAAGGAUCUCCUCCUCAGGAAGCCUCUCCUGAUUCCUGAAAACAUAGCACUGUUGAUGCCAUUGCCAAUGACGUAUGUAGUUAGUUGGGGCGGUCUGCGUUUCGCUGGAAUUUUAUAGUCUAUCCUGGAGAUGCAAUGGUGUACUAUGGCAAAACAAAAGUGUCGUUCCAGUCUGCAAAUCCUUAGGAUGUAAUCAUGUAAGAGUCAAUCAUGCUGUUGUUAAUCUUUACACGAGUGGAUCCCGAUUUGUGCCAUCAAAGUCUAUUUUUUGUUUGCUUUAUUAGCCUUUUUUAUGUUUUCUUCCACCACGUAAGAUUGAUGAUACUAGGGAUUUCUAGAAUGAGAAGAUUGGUGAUAUUUAUUUUUUGUUUGGUUUUGUGUCCACUCGUUAAAAGUGAACAUACUUUCUAAAAUGUCAUCUGUUUUUAU